AUGACGGCGACGGCGAGAUUGCGGCUGGACGAAGUGUCACGGCUCUUUCCUGAGGCCCAUCGGCCGCGGGACAGGAGAGCCAAGGACAUCCACCGUGCCAUCGGCGUGUCGGCCAAUGUCACCGUUUGCACAACCAGGAGCUCUGCAGUCGCAGCAGAUGCAGGAUCUUUGGGACCCCCUGGGAUGAUGUGUCGUAGCCAGGUGGCCUGCAGUUCUCCUGUGACCAACGGUGUUCCGAAUCCGUGCGUGCAUUUCUCGCCGUUCCAAGCAGAGAACCAGGUGGUACAGACUCCUACACUGACCGGCUCUUGUGGAGUUCAGCUGCGCAACACAUGCGGCACUCGCCCGUCUCCUUGCCGGCCUCGCUCUGGAUCUGACACACUCAGUCGAUCACCUUCGCCGAUCCCAACACACUAUUCAGUUGGAGCACCAGUGAUGCUGCCAUCCACUGCAACGACCCGACCGUUCAUGCCAAACAACCGGGGGUCUUUGGCGAAGCUCUCAACAGUACAGCUUGGAGGACUACAACCGAUGGUUCCGAGGUCGCCAGGUCAGAGCACAGCGGGCCCCAUCCAAAGUGCCAUCGUUCCCGUCGUGGUGAAACGAGCAAGAUCCAUGUCGCCGAGUUCACCAGUUCAGCAAACCUAUUCCACAGCAUAUCCUGCAUCGCCAACGAUGUCGCCUGCAACAUCCUUCAGAACGCCGAUGUCUCCGGGAAUAUCCUUUCGACCAACGAUGUCGCCGGGAAUAUCCUUCAGACCAGUUGCAUCUCAAUCGUAUUCGUACACAUGUUCAACCACUUGGAACCGGCCCAGCUCAUGUUCACCAAGCAGAGAGGUGUCCAUUGAACCAGUCAAAGAGCGAGUGGUGGCACGUCCCAGAUCUCCUUUCCAGAGCAUGUCUGUAAAGGAUCCCAGACUUCCCCCAUGUCCACGGCUCUACAGACCCUGCAGACCUUCUCAAAACAUCAAUGUGGCAGACCAAAGACACAUGGAUUCUGGACCUCUGAAGGACCGUGGUGUUCCGAUCAUCCAAGGGUGCGAAAAUGCCACUGGCGAGCUCGAAACGGCGAGCGGGAGCAUCGGGAGCUCUGCAAGAUCUGCUCGAGUCUCCGAGGAUGUGCACAAAGCUGCACCCAGUCAGUUUCUCCCAGAGCCUCCUCCAACCAUCUUGAAACAAAACUACGAGGCAGAUCUGGAGGAGGCCUAUAUUCUGUCAGCUUUCCGACGGAAAGAUGAAAACGACAUGGCAGAUGGCUGGAAAGGGGUCUUUCUCGAUCUCAGUCACAAUGGUCACAAUGGUCACAAUGGUGAGGCGAAAGAAGCCCCGGAGGCUGCGGACACUGCGGGCACUGGUCUUCCAUCGGUGGAGUCGUUGCGGGCCACCCUCCAAGCGCUGCGAGUGCAGGAUCGCCUUCGCAUGGAAGCUCCGCUGGUGCCUACUGUGCCCACGGUGCCCAUGGCCGCCAUGGCAGCGGCAGGAUGUCAACUGGAGCCGGAUGAACAAAGCUCGGAUGUUGGAAGGGCCAUUGGUGGUGCUGAAUUGGCUGUUACAAAUGCUCAGUUUAAUGCAGAAGCUCAACUGCUUGCUUGACAACUGGCUGACAAAGUAUGCAUGGAC